UCGCGUUAUGUCACGGCACCGAAACACAGGAACUGCGCUGCCUCUUUAGGGGGGAGGAGCGAGCAGCAGCCUGGCUGGGAAGAGUCCGGGUGAGUCUCCCUUUAAUCUCCCCCAAGGCGCGUCACGGCAGCGCGGGAAGGAGACCCCGGGGGACUGCGUUGCCGGGGCGGGGGGCAGGGAGGAGCAAGCCGCGGCCCGGAAGACCGGAGAGAUUUCCAGAUGCAAUGGACACUGAUCUCAGUUCCCAGGAUAGGAAGGACCUGGACAAGUUCAUCAAAUUUUUUGCUUUGAAGACGGUUCAAGUAAUUGUCCAGGCUCGACUUGGAGAAAAGAUCUGUACUCGAUCAUCGUCAUCACCAACAGGCUCUGACUGGUUCAAUUUGGCAAUCAAAGAUAUACCAGAAGUUACUCAUGAAGCAAAAAAAGCCCUGGCAGGACAGCUACCUGCUGUUGGGCGGUCAAUGUGUGUGGAAAUCUCUCUCAAGACAUCUGAGGGGGAUUCCAUGGAGCUAGAAAUAUGGUGUUUAGAAAUGAAUGAAAAACACUCAGAAGCUUUCAAAAGACAAGUAGAGGAAAGUAAAAGGGAAGGUUGUUUUAAGAGGAAAACCAAUCCACAUUCCAGAGCAGGUAGACAUAAAGAUUUUCUGGUCAGCCAUCAAAACAGGUGUGAUAAAGAGAUAAAAGUUUCCUACACUGUGUAUAACAGGCUCUCUUUACUGUUGAAGUCUUUGCUUGCUAUAACGAGGGUGACUCCUGCCUACAGACUCUCAAGGAAACAGGGUCAUGAAUAUGUAAUAUUGUACAGGAUAUAUUUUGGAGAAGUGCAGCUAAGUGGCUUGGGAGAAGGAUUUCAGACAGUCCGUGUCGGGACAGUGGGUACUCCAUUAGGCACCAUUACUUUAUCCUGUGCCUACAGAAUUAACUUGGCGUUCAUGUCAACCAGGCAGUUUGAGAGGACCCCACCUAUCAUGGGGAUUAUCAUUGAUCACUUUGUGGACCGUCCCUACCCCAGCUCCUCACCCAUGCAUCCCUGCAAUUACAGAGCAGCUGGUGAGGAAAAUGCAGUAGCAUACCCAUCAGUGGAAGACUCUCAAGAAACAUGCACUGCCUCCUCUACUUCUCCUCCAUCCCAGUGUGUUUUUACUGUCACAAAAGCACAUUUUCAGACCCCUCCUCCUGUGGUGAUGGAUAUGAAGGGCCCUGUGAUGGGGCUGGCCUUUUCACACCAACUCUCGAGUUCUCGUCUUUCUUAUCAGCCUGCGGCCCUAGGAGUUGGAUCAGCUGAUUUGGGCUACCCUGUAGUCUUUGCUGGCGGCUUGAGUGCUGCACAUCCGCACCAGCUGAUUGUCCCAGGGAAGGAGGGUGGAGUGCCUCUGAUUCCUAGUCAGCCAGUGCAUGGCACUCAGGCCGAUCAUGAGAGAAUGGUGACAUGUACCCUUUUUGAUGGGGGCCACUACUCUGCAGUUACACCAUCCAGUAGUGAGGAUGCAGAAACCGUAUCUAACAGCAGUGAAGGAAAGAGUGGGUCCCCACAUGAUCUCUUGGAGACCAUCUUUGUGCGGAAGGUGGGGGCCUUUGUCAACAGGCCAGUCAACCAGGUGACCAUGGCCAGUUUGGACAUUCCUUUUGCUAUGUUUGCUCCUAAGAACAUUGAACUAGAAGAUAAUGACCCCAUGGUGAAUCCUUCUGACUCUCCAGAAGUUGAGUCUCCUCUUCAGGGAAGCCUACACUCAGUGGGCUCCAGUGGCAGCAGCAGUGGGAACAUCCAUGAUGAUUUUGUUAUGGUUGAUUUUAAACCAGCAUUUUCUAAAGAUGACAUUCUCCCAAUGGAUCUGGGGACAUUCUACCGUGAAUUUCAGAAUCCUCCUCAGCUCAGCAGCCUUUCUAUUGACAUCGGAGCUCAGUCCAUGGCAGAAGACCUGGACUCACUCCCGGAAAAAUUGGCUGUCCAUGAGAAAAAUGUUAAAGAGUUUGAUGCCUUUGUAGAGACUUUACAGUAAAGCUGAGCCCUUUCUACAGCAGCACUGAACUUCCUCUGGACACCUGGAAGAGAGAACACAUACAUUCUGCCUUUCCCAAAUUAGUUCUGUCCUCUGCCCCCACCUCUUUCAUUCCAUAAGCAUUGGUUGUUUUGUUCUGUCAGACACAUAGUUGUCUGUGUCUUCUUGAACUUGGCCUUGGAAUGGCAAUGGGCAUGGCUCACUCUUCCCUGUCUCCGACUCGGUGUCUAAUAGCGAGCAUUAGGAAACAAGAAGCUGGCCCUUUUCUCCUUUCUUUCUCUCUUCCAUGUUGAGAGACUUCAAUGCUUCCUGCACCUUCAACAGGGUUUGGAGACAGAGGAUGGCAUUCGUUUCACAAGGAUCUGCAGUUCUAUCCAGCAUAAAGAACUGGCUGACUGUCUUGUGAACACUGGACAAAUUCUGCUGGUGUGAGUUCAAAGGCCACCUCUGCAGGACUGGUCUUUCUUUGAUGACUGGAGUUAAGAACUUAGGGCAAGAAGCCAAUGCUCACCUCUAGUAGUUCCCUAAACAAGGCAAACCCAGUGCUGCACAUCUGUGUGCAGAAGCAGGAAGUGAAGGACUGUCCUGCCAGAACACCUGGGCCACAAAGAGUCCAUGGUAUUUGGAGAUGGUUCACUGUUCAUAGGCUCUGCUUACAGUCAACAAUUGUAAAUAUGAAUUAGGAAUCCUAAUUCUAUAGGGUUAUUUAAUUGGGGGUCUCUAGUUCAAAGUUCUUUAUUCUUUCGUUCCCCCCCCCCCACACUUUGCUGCUCUACAUUAAGAUAAACAAGAAAUAUUUAUUACUCUAAAUGAAACCUAUAUUUAAAGAAAAAAUUGUAUGUGAUGUUUUUACUUUGUUACGCAGCAAAAGAAGCUGCUCUGUCCGUUGUCACUGUAAGAGUAUCGUACCAAACCUCCUUGUUCCACAGUAGCCCACCCCCCAACCCAGUUGAAGCAUAAACUAUAUUUAUUUUCAGAAACAUGGUUAUGCUGGCAAAGGGACUUCCCCAGAACCUUGCUUCUAUUGUGCCCUGUUUGGGUCCAUGGAUGUCAUAAAUGAUGUGCACAUGUUGAUACAGUAGAAUUGCAGGGAGUUUCUAAAACAAAGAACUGGUUUCUGACAAGCUUGUAAAAUAAGCUUGCUGUAUCUGGAGUAACUUAAAAAGUAACUUGUUCACAGAAGCACAUUUUAAAAAGGUUUGUGGUACUCAUUUUAAUCAGCUGGGUUUUGAUUGGCUAAAAGUUUAUUUUUGUAAUGAGCUUUGCUAUUAAGCAGUGUGAUUGGUUGGCUUUACUUUGUUUGUCUGCCUGCUCUUUGUCCUUCACCAAAUAUGGGGAGGGAAAGAUGUGACACUAAGCAUGAGCUCAGGGAUACAUUGGGCGGAGAGCAUUUCCUUCUUCCCUUCCUCUAUGAAAAAUGAGAUACAAGCUGCACUCCUACGCACACUUGUCGCGAGAGUAAGUCCCAUUGAACUAAGUGGGGUUUACUUCUGAGUAAAUAUGCUUAGGAUUAUUCUUAAGAUGCUGAAGUUGUUCUUUCACCCACUGUUGACCUUUUUAAAAUGGAACAAUCUGUAUGAUGUUCUGAUGAGACAGUGAUAGGUUAACUUCCCAAAAUACACAGCUCCAUUCCAUAAGAUGAAAGGGGGGCUUUUGAGAGGGAUAGGCAUUGUCUGUGUGGCUUCUGGAGCUUUAGAAGCUGUGCUGCUGCACAGAAAUGAGCUGAGGCUUGAACUUACUCUUUGCCUUCUAGCACAUUGAUGUUUUGCAGUACCAGCUCUCAGGCUGUGAGAUACUUAUGUGUAAAAUUAAGUGUGGCAUUUUAAUUUUUAUUCAGAGCUACUACAGGUAGGACCCACUACAUGAAGAAUGGCCUGUUAGAACCACUCAUUUUUAUUUCAUCAGAUUGACUUUCUAACUUAAAGUGCUCCUAAGUAGUGUUUGUUCUUGCCAGUAGUGAUAAUCAACAUCAACAUUACCCUGAAAGGGCCUCUCAGUGAGUCUGCCAGAGAGAAAUGCCAUGACCCUGGCUCAGUUAUGACGUCUGCAAACAUCCGUGGCCUUAUCUUCCAAAACACCUGCCAAAUGCAUUAUCUUUCUAGCCAGCCUGGAACGAGACUACAAGAAAAUUGUAUUCCUUGCUUGACACAUGAGGUGUCUAGUGACUUAUCCCAGGUCAGCUAAUAAUAGCUUUGGUGUAGGGCCCUUUGUCCUCAUCUGAGCCAGUUAGUUCUACAACAUUGAUAGCCACAGCAGUCUCAAGCAUAGAGUAACUGACAGCCUUCUGGUAAGCAAAUUGCAGGCAGACAAGUUGAUUCUGCUGUGAUGAUAAAAUGAAGUUGGCCUCUUGACAUACCAAAUGAGGUAGAUCUUUCUAGGUUGCUAGUAUGGAUGUUGUGUCCUUUCCCACUGGCAUUUCUUUCUGCACUGCCCGUAUAGUUCCUCUUCACACUGAAAUGACAUGAUGUUUAAAAGAUGGUAGCCACCAUUACAGCUUGGCCAAUCUGUCAAAUUUAGAACAGGAUCAUAGCUUCUAUAUCUGAGUAGAACUACCAUGGAGGCACUACUGCUGCAAUUUAGCUGCGUUUUUCUUGCACUGACAUAUGUACCGCUUUCUAUGUGGUUUUCUGAGUGUUGGUACUUCACUUCUUCAGAGAGUAAAUUGCAUCCAUUUUCAGUGCAUUAAUUUCCUGGCCAGAUCAGUCCUCUUACAGGAAUCCAGCUGUACAGACUUUCAAAGAAAGAUAUUUUACUGACCAUCUAUUUGGUGCUUUACUGCUAUGAAUUAGUUUGUAAUAACUUACAUUUGCUUUGAAUGAAUUAAGAAGAAGUCCUUACAAAUGCUUUGGUUGAAGCGAGAAGAGUCCUAAACUACAUUUAUUGAAAAUAGUUUCCAGAGAACUUUAACAUGUAUUCAUAUAAUUUCCAAUAAAAGUAGUAUACAUAUUACUCUUAA